AUGAUUCCAUUAAUGGUUUAAUAACGACAAAUCCAGUACUGUAUUUUAAGGUUAUACUUGUAUAACUUUUGUGUUCUAGUACAUUAGCUCCUAAAAUACUAACUAAUAAACACCAUGAGUGCUUUGAGACAUUUAUCUCGUAUUAUCAAAUACCAGUGUACAUGGACAUUCACUCGUUCAUUCAGUAAUAGGAACAUUUUGAAACUUAGUGAACGCGGAAUGUAUCAGGAUAUGUUUCCAAACACAUCUGCAAAUGAAAUUAUAAAUUUGCUUCAACAUGCACCACAGUGUGUGUAUGCUGGUUUUGAUCCCACAGCCAACAGUCUUCACGUAGGGAAUUUAUUGGUUAUAAUAAAUUUAUUACAUUGGCAACGUGGUGGACAUAAUGUCAUUGCAUUGAUAGGAGGAGCGACGGGCCAUGUAGGAGACCCUAGUGGAAGAAGUACAGACCGUGUGGCUUUACAUAAAGAUGUCAUACAUGACAACAUCAGCUGCAUUCAAAAGAACUUAGUAACAGUAUUUGAAAACCAUCAGAAGUAUAUUUGGUCCGAUAAGAGUCGAUUAAAACCAUUGAAAAUAGUCAACAAUGAACUCUGGUACAGAGACAUAGAUGCAAUAAAAUUUGUCAGUGAAAUAGGUCGUAAUUUUCGUAUGGGCACGAUGCUACUAAAGCAAAGUGUACAAACUAAGCUCAACUCUGAAGUUGGUAUGAGCUUCACUGAGUUUGCUUAUCAGAUAUUUCAAUCUUACGAUUGGUUACACUUACUGAAGGAGUAUGACUGCAGGUUCCAGAUUGGUGGUAGUGACCAAAUGGGAAACAUUAGCGCAGGACAUGAAUUAAUUAGUAGAACGGCGAAGAAGGAAGUUUACGGUUUAACGUUACCUCUAGUCACAACAGAAGAAGGUGACAAGUUUGGCAAGUCAGCUGGAAACGCUUUGUGGUUGGAUCCUCACAAAACAAGUCCAUUUGGCCUUUAUCAGUACUUCAUUAGAACUAAAGACUCGGAAGUCGAGAGAUUAUUGAAGCUAUUUACAUUUUAUACCCUGGGAGAGAUCAAAGACAUUAUGUUCAAGCAUAAAGAGCAUCCUGAACAGAGAUAUCCACAACAAUGUUUGGCUGAACAAUUAACCACUUUGGUUCAUGGAGAAGGAGGGUUAGCUAAAGCGCGUCGAGUUACAGAUGCGAUAUAUAACAAAGACGUGAACUCGCUCGUUUCCCUAACCCCGACAGAGAUGGAACAAGUGUUCGAAGGCGCGCCCGUCGUUAACAUGCUACUGUCGCCUGGCAUAACUGUAUUCGAUCUUGGGAUGAAAUCUAAAUGCUUCCCUACGGAGAGUGACGCGAUGAGAAUCAUCAAAGCCGGCGGGUUUUAUAUAAAUCACCAAAGAGUACAGAAGAUUGACGAAGUUAUCACGGAAUCCGCUCAUAUUCUUCCCAACUUAGUUUCGUUGUUGCGAGUUGGCAAACGGAACUAUUACAUUGUUAAAUGGCAAACGUAA